GAGGGGCGGGCUCAGAGAAGAGAAAGUAUCAGCUGCUUGGUGGAAGCUGGAAUUUCACUGCUGAGAAGAUGGCGAGGAGUGUGCAGGGUCUGAGGAGAGCACUAGCCGAGUGUGUUAGCGAUUUACCGGCCACUGCCAACCGUGAGAGGAGCACCAGGAAUGCAGUUCGGCACCUGUCUUCGUGCGGUCUCUUGAUGACCAGAGCCCCCAUCCUGCUCCCUGUGUCGCCAUGCAACCCCGUCCUCAUCACACCAGCCAGGAGCUUCCUGAACCUCGCCGCUCCGUUCAUCAACAAGCGGAAGGAGUACUCUGAGAGGCGCAUCAUAGGGUACUCCAUGCUGGAGAUGUAUGAUGUGGUGGCGGGAGUGGAAGACUACAAGCAAUUUGUGCCAUGGUGUAAGAAGUCCCAGGUGGUGUUGCGCCGGUCGGGGUACUGCAAGGCACACCUGGAGGUGGGGUUCUCCCCCGUGAUGGAGAAGUACACCUCCCUCGUCACCUUGGUGCGCCCGCACCUGGUCAAGGCUUCCUGCACGGACGGGAGGCUGUUCAAUCACCUGGAGACGGUGUGGAGAUUCAGCCCGGGGAUCCCGGGGUACCCCAGAACCUGCACACUGGACUUCUCUAUCUCGUUCGAGUUCCGCUCGCUGCUGCACUCCCAGCUGGCGACGGUGUUCUUCGACGAGGUGGUGAAGCAGAUGGUGGCGGCCUUUGAGAGGCGCGCAGGGAAGGUGUACGGGCCGGAGACAAGGAUCCCGCAGGAGUUCAUGUUUCACGAAGUGCACCACACGUAACGAGGAGGGAGGUUGGGUGGAAUGGAUAUGGGGGGGGCAG